GCGCCCAGCCAUGGCCAGCACCCCAAGCCUCCUGCGCCUGGCGCUCCUGCUGCUCGGGGCGGUGGGCAGGGCCGGCCCCCGCCCUCAGGGUACCACGGUGUCCCUCUCAGAGACGGUGCAGAAAUGGAGAGAAUACCGGCGGCAGUGCCAGCGUUUCCUCACGGAAGCGCCACUCCUGGCCACAGGCCUCUUCUGCAACCGGACCUUUGAUGACUAUGCCUGCUGGCCGGAUGGGCCCCCAGGUUCCUUCGUGAAUGUCAGCUGCCCCUGGUACCUGCCCUGGGCCAGUAGUGUGCUACAAGGCCAUGUGUACCGGUUCUGCACAGCUGAGGGUCUCUGGCUACAUAAGGACAACUCCAGCCUGCCCUGGAGGGACCUGUCGGAGUGUGAAGAGUCUAAGCGAGGGGAGAGAAACUUUCCUGAGGAACAGCUCCUGUCCCUGUACAUUAUCUACACAGUGGGGUACGCACUUUCUUUCUCCGCCUUGGUCAUCGCUUCAGCCAUCCUUGUUGGCUUCAGACACUUGCACUGCACCAGGAACUACAUCCACCUGAACCUGUUUGCAUCCUUCAUCCUCCGAGCACUGUCCGUCUUCAUCAAAGAUGCUGCCCUCAAGUGGAUGUAUAGCACGGCUGCCCAGCAACACCAGUGGGAUGGGCUCCUCUCCUAUCAGGACUCUCUAGGCUGCCGACUGGUGUUCCUGCUCAUGCAGUACUGCGUGGCAGCCAACUACUACUGGUUGCUGGUGGAAGGCGUGUAUCUAUACACACUGCUGGCCUUCUCGGUGUUCUCGGAGCAGCGCAUCUUCAAGCUGUAUCUGAGCAUAGGCUGGGGAGUUCCGCUGCUGUUCGUUAUCCCAUGGGGGAUUGUCAAGUAUCUCUAUGAGGACGAGGGCUGCUGGACUAGGAACUCCAAUAUGAACUACUGGCUCAUCAUCCGAUUGCCCAUUCUCUUUGCUAUCGGCGUCAACUUUCUUAUCUUCAUCCGUGUCAUCUGCAUAGUGGUCUCCAAACUGAAGGCUAAUCUCAUGUGCAAGACUGACAUCAAAUGCAGGCUUGCCAAGUCCACUCUGACUCUCAUCCCCCUUCUGGGGACACAUGAAGUCAUCUUUGCCUUUGUGAUGGACGAACACGCCCGAGGAACCCUACGCUUCAUCAAGCUGUUCACAGAACUCUCCUUCACUUCCUUCCAGGGCUUGAUGGUGGCUAUCCUGUACUGCUUUGUCAACAAUGAGGUCCAGAUGGAGUUUCGGAAAUGCUGGGAGCGCUGGAGGCUGGAGCACUUGAAUAUCCAGAGAGACUGCAGCAUGAAGCCCCUCAAGUGUCCCACCAGCAGCGUCAGCAGUGGGGCCACAGUGGGCAGCAGCGUGUACGCAGCCACCUGCCAGAGUUCCUACAGCUGAGCCCCAGUGCCGGUCCUCCUGUGGUCCUUGCUUCUGGCUGGGUGGCCAUCCCAGGUGGGAGAGAUCCUGGGGAUAGGG